AGCAGCAACAACGCAAAGUCUAAACGACCAGAAACCUCGACCCGAAAGAUGCGUGCGGAUGAACGGCAGCAGCGGCAGGAAAAAGAAAAAAGAAAACACCACCCUGUACGAUGAUCUCCAUCGCAGCCCGCCCACGCAGCAAAACCAAACCCAGCACGGGACCAAGGGCCAGAGCACAGAAGACUGCGAGGUGGGGAUGGAGAGCGGAAAACCGGUACGAUUGUGGUACGCCGGCUUUCGGUGGCUAAAAAACAGGCCAAAAAACGGCACCACAACCGCCGCCAAACCGCCAUAUUGCGCGCCCGGCCCCUUUGCGCGUACGGCGGCGCACAAGCCCGCACGCAAAUGGGGGAAAACGCGGGAAUGCAAGAGCAGGAGAGAGAGAGAGAGAGCGCGCGAGAAAGAGUGAGCAGGACCGAAGGGGUCGGAGGGAAAAACCACCCAGCAGCAUCACAUCAAACGCGCCCGGAGAAUAAUCUCCUUAAUCCAUCGUCGGUUCCCGGUCGGGAUGUUGAUGCUCGGUUAAGAGAGCGAGAGAGAGAGAGCGAGCGAGUGUGAGAGCGAAAGGGAGCUAGCAGGAUGCAGGGAAAAGGGUGGAAUAAGUGUAGCGAAUCCGUUGGGUGAAAGUGAAACCCGGGAAUGGAAAGGAAAGUAAGUUCUUUUCGGGAUUUUUCCAGAGAGUUCGGUUUGUUUUUUUUUUUUUGUUGGUUGACUGAUACACAUAUCAUGCUUUAUAACUCAAAAACAAAAACAUUGAAAAAUGCAGAGUUUGUAGCAUGUUCCAUUUCGAUGAAACAUCACUUAUUCCACUUCAAGACAACAACAACAAAAAAAGCAUCACACUCCAAACCGCUUAUCAAAACAAACAAAUGGUAACAUCACCAGCAGCAAACGCCCGACACCAGACUCCUUGUCGAGCAAGCGAGCCGUUUCGAGCAGCGGAAAGGCGUGGCCUAGGCCCCAAAAAUCGAGCCCGAACGGGCAACGGCACCUCGCAGCACGUGUGCACCAGCAAAGCUCCGCCCCUUUCCGUAGCGCGUGCAUGCAACGGCACCAUCGCCGCCACCACCAGCACCACCACAACCACCACCAAUCGGGGCCACGAUUCGAGCAGUUUCGUUACGGAAUUCUCCAUUUUUUUUUUCUCCCGACCUGAAAGCAAGCGGCAAACACGGACGCUUGCUGCGGACGGCCGGCACGGGUACGGUUUCAUUCCAUCCCAACCAGCCAGCGGAGUCGGUACUGCUUCUCCGAAGCCUGCAGCACGCACACCCUUCGCAUUCGCAUUUUUCGUCGUCGUCGUCGUCGUCGUCGGUCAGGAUACGCGCGCGCUUUUGGAAGGCGAUUUUAUUGGAAGGUGCGAAUUCUACAACCGUCGCUUUACAGCAGAGAAUAGGCAGUGUACUUGUGCGUGUACGUGUGUUUAAUGGACAGAGUGUGGGCUAAACACAGUGACUGUUUUUAAUUUGGAAGUGGUGGGAAAAUAAGUGGUUUAUCUUGUUGCUAAAAAGAAGAAAAAAAAGCCAGUGCGUGUGUUUGUGUGUGGAAGAUAAGCCAGCGGAACGCUCUGUAGACGGGAGGCGACCGGGUAUCAGUGACCAGUGCAGUUGUGUUCUCCCCUCCGCUCCUACAGCUCCUUUCCGGACCAACGCGACGAGUACGGAUACGACCGCAAAUCGGCCGACCACUGCCAACGGGCUGAACCACAAGCAACAAACUUCUCUACUAUCAACAAAAACCCAACCGAGCGGUGCCGCUGUUGUGAUAACCGUGCCCGUCCACCGGCAACUGCGUGCGUGCUGGAGAAAGAGGCUGCAGGCUCUGCUCGGGUGUUUUAAUGCUUUUCUGCGUGAGAAACAGUGCUUCCCCGUAACACGUCUCGAUAAGCGGCGCUGCCACUGCUAGAUGUUGAGAGCGAACUGAGUGUGGAGCGUGCUACUGUGUGUGUGUGUGUGUGUGGACGGACUAAUCGUAACUCGGCGCGCAAUCAAAUCGCAUCGCAAACACCUGCUGCCGCCACGAUGAUGAACGAUCCGGCCGCCCUCGGGAUGAUCCCGUUCGACACGAUCGGGCUGUACGAGCAGCCAAAGCCGCGGUUCAUCUUCAAGAUGCCGCGCGUCGUGCCGGACCAAAAGUCCAAGUUCGAGAGCGACGACCUGUUCAAGAAGCUGAGCCGCGACAGCGAGGUCCGGUACACAGGGUUCCGCGAUCGCCCGAUCGAGGAGCGGCGGGGCCGCUUCCGGGCCGGCUGCUGCGAGGGCCACACGGAGGUGUCGUUCGCCGCCACCGGCAUCAACCUGCAGCUCGUCUUCAACCCGAACCACGGCCUCUACCACCACCCGCACCAUCACCACCAUCACCAUCCCGCCCAUCUCGGGCUGGAGAAGGAGUGCGACUUCGACAAGGAGCACGGCAAGGUUCACAUUAAAUCGCACUUCAUCAUGAACGGUGUGUGCGUGCGCUUCCGGGGCUGGCUCGAUAUGGAGCGGCUGGACGGUAUCGGCUGCCUGGAGAUGGACGAGAAGCGGGCCGCCCAGGAGGACGCGAUCCUGCGGGAGCAGCUCGAGCGGUACAACCAGCGGCUGCGGGACUUCGAGGACAAGCAGCGCACCUACCAGCGCACCACGCAGGACGAGUUCGAGCAGAUGCGCCGGAACGGGUCCGGCAUGGGGGUGGGCGUGACGGCCGGCUCGUCCGGCAUGUGGCGGCGAUAAAGUGCCAACCCGGUGGUGGAGGAGAGGGCGGAGUAAGAGGAAGAAAACACGGUGGAUAAAUUCCCUCCCCCCCCACCCCCACCCCCCCAACCCUUCCCCCACUAAACGCUGCCAAUGAGACGGACGUGCUCUCGCUGCAUGUGCGUGUAUGUGUGUGUGUGUGUGUUUCUCUCUCUCUACGCGGAGUUUGGGGUGAGUUAAGAGAAGAAGAAAAAAAAGAAGAAACAAAAACAAAUCCGCUUAUCUUGCUGGAGAGCACAGCAAGCACGAGCCAUGGCAGGGGCAGGGUUACUCGCCGUGCUGUGUUUUGUUCUUUCCUUCCGUUUACCUUUUGUGCUUGUCUGUUUCCUUGUCUGGAAGUGUUUGUAUAUUGUACAUUUGUAAAUCAAUCUGUGUUAUGGAUUCUUAGUUAUGUGUCCUUCCCGGCCCCUUCCCCCGCUUCCGUCCUACCGUUACCCCUUGCGAAACACGCACACUCCUUUCCUCGUACACCUGGACGUGUACAGUGUCAAAUGGAGAAUCGCAGCCUGCGGAAACAGAGAGAGAGAGAGAGAGAGAGAGAGAGAGAGAGAGAGAGAGAGAGAGAGAGAGAGAGAGAGAGAGAACAUGUGCGUGCUUCUGUGUAUGUGUAUGUGUGAGUGUAUUGUAUUUUGUUUUUAUUUUCACCAGCAAGAAACAAAAACAAAAACAGUAAUGCCUCCAAAAAGAAGACCAAAAAUGUCCGAGAUGGAAAGGGGAGGAGGGGGGGGGGGGGGGGGCAAUACAUUAGAUUUAAGAUAGGGGAAGCGAGAUAGAAGAUGAGCCUGUUUGCCAUAAAGGUGUUUUUGUUUGUUGUUUUUAGUGAAAUGGUGAUCGUUUUAAUGUGAACAGCUCCAGCGGCAACACAAUACGACACUUGCACACCCACACGCACACACACACACGCACACUCACAGGUAUGCUGUUUUAUGCACACUAUUGUUUAGCUCCCUAUACGACCUCCCCCUCCCCCUUCCCUCCCCACUACGUCCCUUUCUAUCUGUAUCCCGCUGCUCCCCACGUGUACGCGAGAAUGCCAAAACAAGUGAAAGUAGUGAAAUAGUUUAAAUGAAACGUGUUUUGCAGAUGAACGUUUAAAGCAGGUAGCGAGGUAGCGAGAAAAAGAAAGGCAGAAGAAAAAAAACGAUAGAAAAUGCCAAACUGUCCUGUGCAGGCGGAACGGCAAGGUGUACAUAGUAACUAUUAAGCGGGGCGGUAAAAAUCCAAUUGACGUAAAACGAACAAAGCUACGAGCGAGAGACAGAGAGAAAGAGAGAAAAAGAAAG